GCCAAACACCGACAGCUCCCUUGAGCCCCUAAACCAACCAGCCAACCCAAAUCGUCCCCGCAAACCAGCCAGACGGAAGGAAGAACCAAAAGGAAGAAUGUCAUCCGUCAAAUCGCGAACAAGAAGCGAUUACGGCUACUUCCUCACGUACCGAACGCGAUGGAGCGACAACGACAUCUACAACCAUUUGAACAACGUCGUUUACAACAUCCUGUAAGAAACCCCCGACCACCGUGAGGCAAGCAAAACAAGACGAAACACUGAUAGAAAGGGGGGCAGCAUCGACUCGGUGGUAAAUUCGUACCUAAUAACCCACUGCGGCAUGAUGCCUGCCGCCAGUCCCUCCAUUGGCCUGAUGGUGUCCUCGAGUUGCACAUUCGUGUCAUCGUGCGCCUUCCCGGCCGUGCUGGAGCUGGGGCUGCGGGUGAACAAGUUGGGCACUUCGAGCGUCACAUACGAGGUUGGUAUAUUCGAGGAAGGGGUUGAGGGGGUCAAGGCUGUGGGUGGGUUUACCCAUGUGUUUUGCGAUAGUGUUCAUCGGAGACCUAUGAGGUUGCUUAGAGCUUAUAGGGAGGGCUUGGAGAGGUUGCUGGUUAGGACUAAUGGGGAAGAGGAGGAGGAGGAGGAGGCUGUGAGGCACAGGAGCGCAAAGCUGUGAUCGUGGGUUGGAUUUGUAAGAGCUGUGGGAGCUGUUGAGAGCUAGCGGUAUGGGGGGGGUGUGCUACUGUGUUGGGAAGGGGGGGAGCGAUCAUGUUGGGCGUUUCUUGCGCAUAAUGAGAAUUAUCCCCGUACUUA